CUUGUUGGUCUGCUGUCCCAGUUUGUCCCGGUUUAAUCCAUGUUUCACGCCCGUUGUUCAAAACAUAAUGUAACAAGGGCUCCAUGCACCGCGAUGCGGUGCAUUGGUGGAGCGGCAUCCGCCAGGUAUGUGUUUGAACGGGGGAACGUGCCGGACGGCGCCUGGCGCCACUGGGACGCGGUGAGCGGAAGUGGAGAGAAGACGAGAUUGCUGCCUUGGUUCUGGUCUGCCAACUACAGAGCUAAGCAUCGUGUUGAGACAGAUACAGAGAGGAGAUGAUGGUUGUGCAGAUGGUGUUUUGCUGACGGAGUGUGGCGUAUGGUGCUGAUAGACGGCCUGCUGCCCUGUCUGUCCCGGCCCCUGCUACCUAAUGGUGGACAACCUACGUACGUACCUACGCCGCACGCAAUGGAAGCCUGCCCCUCAUUGCUGGGACCUGCCUAAUCCAUAGCGGGGUUAGGGAGAACGGUGAGGAGCUCCCAGGAUGUAUCGUGUCUUGUACAACGC